AUGGACGAGGCGCUGUGCCAGAUCGGGCAGAGCGGUCCUUACCAACAGCUGCUCCUCUACUUCGUGCUCCUUCCGUGCGUCCUCCCGUGCAGCUUCCACGCCUACAGCCAGCUCUUCAUGUCCUCCAGUCCGGAGCACUGGUGUGCCCCCCCGCCGCACCUCAGGGCCCAGCAAAAUAUCAGGGAAUCCUUAUCCUGCGCCAUACUCCAGAAUGUCCUUGGACCCAUCGAGGAUGGCCCUGAUAGAAGAGACAUUGAAGCGGACAAGAGCUGA